AUGGCGUCGACACCAGCACCUAGACUGCUCGCCAAACUGAGUGAGAAAUACGUCUACCUGGCAUCUUUACGGGACCCAAGGGUUACCGGCUGGAGCCUCACAGCGGAUUUCAGGUUCAUAUUGCCAGUGUGUCUCGGAUACCUCUACGUGGUCAUGAUAGCAGGUCCGAGAUGGAUGACGAACCGCAAACCCUACAAUUUGAAGAGGGUGAUUAUGACCUACAAUCUUUUUCAGGUAAUAGCGAACGUUUUCUUCUUUGUACAGUACAUGCGUCUCACAUAUCUUGGUGGAAACUACAGCCUUUUCUGCCAAGGCAUUGACUACUCUCCUAAUGCAAACGAGAUGCGAAUUUUGCGAAUCUCCUGGUGGUAUCUUUUUGUGCGGAUCGCCGACUUGAUGGACACCAUCUUCUUCGUCGCAACAAAGAAGUUUUCACAUAUCACGUACUUGCACGUCGUUCACCACUUCCUGGUUGUGCUCAACGGCUGGCUGUACCUUAACUUCGGAGGUGGUGGUCAGCUUGUCAUGGUAUUGUGCUUCAACACUCUCGUCCACGUCGUGAUGUACGGCUACUACUUCCUCUCGUCACUUGGACCUAGAAUUCAGAGGUACCUGUGGUGGAAGAGGUACCUCACCCGGCUGCAGAUAUUCCAGAUUGCCUUUCUCACCGUGCAUGCGUGCAUUCCUCUCGUGUACGAUUGCGGGUACCCGAAAGCACUCAUACUGGUUGCACUUCCACAAUCAUUCCUGGUUCUUGGACUCUUCGUUAAUUUCUACAUUCAGUCUUACACCAGAUUGGAGAAACGUGACUCUCGCAUUUCUCAUGCGCACAAACAAGACUAA